CUACAAGCCAGCUAGCUAACUUUAACCUAUGUUUAGCUACAAUAUAAUACAGCAUGGCCACAGGAAAAGCACUAAAGAAACUCAAAAAUCACCCUACUCACAAGACAAAGCCAGCACAAGAGCUAGAACAGCUUGCUAUUGAGCUAAUCACACCAGCAAAGAUUCGAGAGAGAUUUGCCCACUUACUUCAAGCUGAAGGAAUUUUGGGAGAACUUUUGGAAGAUGACAACGAUGGAGAACCGCUACACACUCUAGAAUUUGAAGCACAGCACCAGAAAAUCAAGCACGAAACUUCAAAAGCAUGCCACCUCUCAGUCAAGAUAUCACUGCAAAAGCUGCAGAUUACACUACCGUUUGUUCACACAUUUGCAGAAAAACUCAAGUUUGAAUACGGUGCUCUACACACUGCUGUAGUUGUUGGUAAUGUUGUCAUAGAGUGGGGGAGGGAGGAGCUUGUUGAGCCUCGUAUCGAUCCUAACUUUGUGUCAGAGUUCCAAGCGAAUAUAGGAGACCUUGGGGAGUGGCACGAAAUGGGAGGGAGGUUUCAAGCGGAGAUGAGCUUGGCGAACAGGCAAGGAGAUACUGUGAAACAGCUGGGAAUUGUUUUCGAUGCAAUUGACGAGAAAUCGAAACUGAUAGACAAGUUGGUUGGUGUGAUAGUGGAAUACAAUCGUAAUAAAAACUAUGGUGUGCUUAACUGCAACUGUCAAGAUUUUGCACGAGAAGCACUUGCUGCUUUAGGCAUAAAGAAACCAAUUGAAUUUACAGGCAAGCUCCAAGAGCGAUUCGAGCAGCUAAAGAAAGGAAAUAGAAAAGUGCCAACUGAGUUAAAGUCUCACCAAAACCUUGACGCAUACGUGGAAGAACACAAGAACGAAUUGGGCUUACAAGACCUCGAAUAUCUUCAGUGCCUGUAUUUUGCAGAGCAUUUGCCAAAAAUCGAGAAAUCUGGCAAUUAUGAAACCUGGGUGUGUGGAAUGUCCACUUGCAAAAGUGGUGAGCUAGACAAGCUAAUUCGAGAACACAGUCUUGCAAAUAGCCAAACCACACCCCCCAUACACCCACACAAUCAAAGACACCCUACAGGCAAUCAAUUCUUACACAGAGCCGAGCAGAGUGCUGCAAAUAGUCAAGCCACAUCACCCAUACACCCACACAAUCGAAGACUCUCUACAGGGACAAGGAAAACACGAACAAGUGAAGCGAUUAGAGAUUCAACUAUAGCUGCAUCAGCUGCAUCAGCAGCAACAAAUGAAGGCACUAGGAAACAAUGUCCCACCCCUGACUGUGAAUUCUAUGGAGAAGAAGAAACAUUCUUUUACUGUUCGAAAUGCUUUGAAGUCAAAAAUACACCAAAGUGUGAUCACUGCGAGAAUUUCGGGAAUCCUGAAUGCAAUGGGCUGUGUAAUGGUUGUUUUAUGGAAAAAACAAAGUCUGAAUCAUUACGUAAAACAUCUAUCCAAACAUAUGACAGUGCUAUACCACACCCACUGUCAACUGAAGCUCCUCCACCAGACACUAAGAAGUGUUCUGAAUGCAAUUCUUACUUCGCUAAUGAGGAUUAUCAUGGUCUCUGCCAUGGCUGCCUAAUGUUCAAAACUAAAACUGAAACUGAAAUAGCUAUGAGUACCCACACUGUUGUACCAAACCAGCCUAUACAAAGUUCUCCUGUGUAUUCUAAACAGAAUCAAGGUCACCGGUCAAGAACACCUUAUGCACCUUUACAUGAAAAAUGUCAAAAUCCGGGCUGUAAGAAUAUUAAAACGGAAACUGGAUAUUGUGACAUUUGCAACUAUUCCAGUCCACUACCACCGACAAAAAGUACUAGUACCAGCUACAAUACUGAAACAGAAACUAUACUACAAAGCAGGUGCUUUUUAUGCACUGGGGAAAAGGUAACGGACAGGAAUGAAGUGUGCACGUACCACACCUAUCAGACACAGAAGUUGUUAGAGCAAAUGAGCAUUCAUGAUCCACCAUCCCAAGCCAAUACAACAACUGUAGCACCACAAGCACACGCAUACUCAUCAGAAGUAGGAAGGGAAUAUUCACAAACACAGCAAAACAUCUGGAUACCACAAUCAGAAUCUGAUAGAGGAUACACAAACUAUAGAGGUGUACCACAGCCUCGCUCAAACCACUAGUGUAGUUAAAUACUACACACACGGGCCAUACAUACGACACAAUUACAACACAAGAAGCUACAAUGGAGUAUAGACACCUGUGUCACUCCAGGGUGUUUGUUUAAAGGUUACCAAGAAAAACAUUGUUAGAGAACAAUCACUCGGGAGUGAAAGCACCUGACUACUUACCAUUUGUGUGAAUCAUUUU